CCCUGUUUCAACCCAUUCUUUGUUGGCGCACCCGCGUUGACGGUCGUGGAUUUCUGGGCUCUGACUUCUUCACAGAAGCCAUAAUUGCUGCUAGACUCACGGUACACGCGAAGGUGACGCGAAUUCUCUCUUUCUUUCUCAUACCUUUCCGCCAGCGCAUUCCGAACAUCUCGCGUCCAACACCACUUCGAUCACGAUCUCACGAACAUCUUACAUCUUUCGAACCACUUUUAAAAAAUAUGAAUGUCAUCAAUUCUGGGGGAGAUGACCAACAUUAUGUUACAAAUACAUCUAGAGUCAAGCCGAUCUCUCCACCCCGUCUGAAACGCAAGAAGGAUGGAGCGACCCGAUACGAGAAGGAAAUUGCAGGUUCCCCGAAGCCCCCUGAUGACUUUACGGAGAGGAGGUGGGUUGGUCCUUGGUUGAUGGGCGAAACAAUUGGGAAAGGCGCGAGUGGACGUGUCCGCCUCGCCAAGAAUCGGCACACGGGGAAGAUUGCGGCUAUCAAGAUAGUGCCCAAGCUUCGAUCGGAUGGUAGUGUUGACGCCAAGGCGGAAAAGGUUAUGCAAAGCAUUCGCCGAGAAAUGGUGGUCUUGAAGCUCAUUCACCAUCCCCAUAUCAUGCACAUGUACGACGUUUAUGAGAAUGAAGACGAGCUUUAUUUGUUGUUGGAAUAUGUGGAAGGAGGAGAGCUCUUCGACCAUCUCGUAUCCAAAGGGCGUCUACCCCUCCAAGAAGCUCUCUGUUACUUCAAACAAAUUAUCAGCGGUGUGGACUAUUGUCACCAGUUUAAUAUUUGCCAUCGUGACCUUAAGCCGGAGAAUCUGUUACUCAACGCUAAUCGUAAUAUCAAGAUAGCAGAUUUUGGCAUGGCUGCCCUGGAGCUCCACGGAGGGACAGGGUUCCUCCAGACGAGCUGCGGUAGCCCGCAUUAUGCGAGCCCCGAGAUCGUUGCGGGGAAGGCUUACCAUGGUGCAGCUUCCGAUAUCUGGUCUUGCGGUGUUGUCUUGUAUGCCCUCUUGACAGGAUGUCUGCCUUUCGACCAUCCAGAUAUCGGCGAACUUCUCAAACGUGUUCGCUCAGGACGGUUCAAGAUGCCCAGAGAUAUACCUCAUGAUGCUAAGGAUCUCCUUGCUCGCAUGUUGGUGGUCGCACCAGGACGACGUAUCUCGAUGCGCAGGAUUUUAGCUCAUCCGUUCUUCAAUCUUGAAUUUACUGUCAAGGUCCCCCUUAUAUCACCACCCCCCUUUUCCGCGCUGGCUCGGCCACUUGAGUCAGAAUCACACAUUGAUCUCCUUAUUCUUGAGAAUCUGACGACCCUAUUUCGGGGAGUAUCUCAACGAGAGAUUGUGAAGUCCUUGGUUUCGCCGGAGAAGACAUGGGAGAAGGCUUUCUAUCAUCUCUUAAAAGACUACGCAGAGCGUCAAUCCGAGGAAUAUGGUAAUGGGAUGUCAUUUAUUGACCCCACUGGAAAGGAAGAUCCAAUCAUCAUGUCGACAUCUUUGGCAAGAAAUCGUUCGUCUCUUCAAAGCAAUGGACCUAAUGGGACAAUAAAAGCCAGAUAUGCGGCUUCCUCGGUGUCUGCGAGCCCUGAUCAAGCACGAUACACUCUUAGGGAAAAUUCUAUCCCUUCCGAAAGUGUGAAUCGCUCUGAGGGAACCAAGGCUAGUCUGGGAUCAGUCGCGCAGCACGCAGCCCGUGUGGACAGUGCCUCUACCUCUUCGAGCUCUCGUCGUUGGUCCCGAGCAGACAUUGGGGGACCACGUCCGCGAUCCAUUUCGGAGGUGCCAGAUGGUUACCCAGCUGUGUCCACGCCACAACCUAGAGUUCUUCCUACGGUUGCAGAGACUGAAGCUACUGCCGAGAAACCCUCACCCUCACCAGGUACGCCAAAGGUCUUCAAGGUCCCUGAACCGAGAGUAGUGAAUCCGGAAUAUCCCGCUCGCCCUGCCCCACAACGAAUUCUUACAGAGCCUACGAGUUCGUUUAGCUCGAAUCUGCCAGCUUCAGAGCUGUAUGAAACUCACCAUGCGUAUGCGCAUGACAAUUUUCCUAAAGAGUCUAGCCCUGUUUCGCCUCCUUUGAGGUCUGUUAACCCUUCUGGCAACCGUGCUCGUAUCGUACAGCGCCUCACCGAGCAGCGACUUCGAAAUGCUACAAUCAUGGGUACGAGUGGUAUUCAUUCUAAUGGUGCUCCUUUGGUUGGUUUAGGAAUCGCGCUCCCCGACCAGAAUCGAACCUCUGUUACGCAAGAUGUGCGCCUCCCUGCUGAAGUAUCUUCUCGUCUUGGUACCCCUCCUGCUGGUCCUCGUCCCUUUCCUCCGCCUAAAUCCCCUCGCCACGUUCCUUUGACAUUUUCUCCUGAUCUCAACAACACGAAUUCCACUGCGAUCGCAUCAGAAUCUCCCAAAGUAUCUCCUCGGCGUCGCGCUACGGAAUCCCAGGCGACUCGGGAGGCUCCUACCGUUGCUGUCUUCAAGAGAUCUUCGCUUGCUGUGCCUAAAUCCUCUGUCGCACAUCAGGAGCAUGCGCAUCCUGGUUAUCCGUCCCCACCUCCUUCACAAGUUAGUGUGCAAGAAACAUUUUCCGUUUUUCAACAGUCUCCAGUCUUCACGGAACGUUUUUCGCUUAACCUUGAUGCUAUGAUGUCUUCGUUUCGCCCUCCCAGAAGUAUUGGUCUGAAUGUGGAUGGCUUCGUAGGAGUCGGAUCUUGCAAUGAUGACUCCGUGUCCGCGAAGGACGGGUCCGUGCUACUGGGGGACAGCAAGGCGGAGAAUUCGAAGCUUGCAGAUGACUUGAACAUUGACAAGAGUUCCACCUGGGGAGUUGAUCGAAAUUCGAAGCCGAGCAUCGCGUCUUCAAGCCUCAGAUCCCAUGAUCGUGAUGGUAGUGUAUCUAGCCCACUAACCAGCCUUCCCAGCGCUAGAAGGGAAGAGGCACACUCAAUACUCCAUUCUGGGGCGGGAUUACCCAAGGCUCCAGUUCUUGCCACUGACCAAUCCAACUCUGUUCCGUCUGCGGGCCCUCAGAAAGGGACGGAUAUAUUAUCUAGCUCAAAGGAAACGUCGUCUCAAAAGGAAAACUCGCCGUUUCCUUCUCAGAACAGCGAGAUACAUGAGGGAGAACCCAGGGGAGAUCGUCUGGAAGCCAAGCCGAGGCCUUGUCCCUUGGAUUUGAGCAAGCCAAACAAGAAGCAAAACCGUACCUCCGUUGUCAUGCCUUCAACCCCAAUGACUGCUCCAGCUGCAGUCUUUGAGCCUGUGGGAAUUAGCUGGUUUGCUCAGCUCUUCAACGUUAAGCCUGCUGCCUAUGUGUUCCAGUCCCAGGAUACCUGCGAGAAGGCCCGAAUGGAAUGUGCUCGUAUCCUGCGUUCGUUUGGGGCUUUAGUUGACGAAGCCGAUACGUCGGAGACCAAUGGUAUGUUGAGAUGUCAUAUCAACUACAUGCGUGGGCCCACCGGAAAAACUGUCAUCAGUAAAGCGGUUACUUUCCGAGUCCAGAUCGCUCCCAAAAGCAUCAAUCCUUCACUCUCCGCGAUCGCUUCUCCCCUAUUGAACACCGGGAACACGCUCGCCUCACCCUCAUUUGAAGGUUGUACGGUUUCGCUCAUUCAGGAGCGAGGUGCAAAGUCUUCACUUGAGGUUGUUGCUGUCCGACUUCGACAGGAUUGGAGACUGGACUCUUUACGCCACGGGGAAGUUCCUGGGACUCCGCGACAAGCAGCGCGCUUUUUCCGCACUUGAGCAGUUAACUCCCACCUGCAUACUAGAUUCUCUUCAUGUUUUGAAGGCUCCCACUCAGAGUAAAGUACGACAUUUGGAUGUAUCAUAAGCACUCGAUUUGUAAUUUUAUGUACUUUGUCGGGGAAAAAUUG